AUGGUCAGUUCCUGUUGUGGCUCCACUUGUUGUGGUCCAAGCUGUGGCUCUGGCUGCUGUGGGUCCAGCUGCUGCAGGCCCAGCUGCUGCAUAACUAGCUGCUGCCAGCCCUGCUGCCGCCCCAGCUGCUGCCGCCCCAGCUGCUGCCAGCCCUGCUGCCGCCCCACCUGCUGUAUUUCUAGCUGCUGCCAGCCCUGCUGCCGCCCCACCUGCUGUAUUUCUAGCUGCUGCCAGCCUUCCUGUUGUGGCUCCACCUGUUGUGGUCCAAGCUGUGGCUCUGGCUGCUGUGGGUCCUGCUGCUGCCAGCCCUGCUGCCGGCCCAGCUGCUGUAUUUCUAGCUGCUGCCAGCCCUGCUGCCGCCCUACUUGCAACAUAACUUGCUGCUGUCAGCCCUGCUGCCUCCCCAGCUGCUGUGGUUCUAGCUGCUGCCAGCCCUGCUGCUGCCGCCCCACCUGCUGUAUUUCAAGUUGCUGCCAGCCCUGCUGCUGCCGCCCUUCCUGCUGCACAUCUAGCUGCUGCCAACCCUGCUGCCGCCCCACCUGCUGCUACAUCAUCUGCUGCAGAACCAACUGCUACAGACCUGCCUGCUGUGGGUCUUCUUGCUGCUGA